AACCAAAUCCUUCUCCAGUUCCACCCAUCACCCCUCUCCUUGCUCCACGACAACGCCGGCGUGCGUGGCAGUGGUUAUCUCUUUCUCCGUUUCUCGUGAGGUACCAAGAGUGGCGAGAGUAGCUGGCUAGCUAGGUAGGGGAGAGUGGCAGUCUGGCAGAGAAUGGUGGCGCCCGACCUGACCUGAGCAGAGCUGAGAUCCUCCUUCGCGCAUGCUUUCUUCUCCUUGCUCCGUCGCGGCGUGCGGCGCUCGUUCGCUCAGGCACCUGGUCGUGGCCGCCGUCAGUCUCCCGAUGCUCCUCUUCUGCGACGCCAUGGUGUGGGCCGUCACCUUCCUCACCUUCCCCGUGCGCCUCCUCGCCGCCGCCGACAGGGAGCGCAAGCUGGAGCGGUUGGUGGGGGAGAUGCAGGGGCAGAUGGAGUGGGUGGUGUGGGAGAACAGGGAUCUGGAGCAGAGGUUGCGGACGGCGCUCAAGGAGAACGCGACCAUGGAGGACAUCCUCGACGAGAUGGAGGAGGAGAACGAGGACGCCUUCGCCAGGAUCGACCUCCUCGAGAGCCAGCUCAAGGCGGUCAAGAAGGAGAACAUGCGGCUCAAGGAGCAGAGGGGCAAGUCCGUGUGGGACAAGGCGGCGGCGACGGUGGCGGUGGCUGGAAAUGGCGGGGGCAAGAAGAAGGCUGGCGAACCGAGGCCAUGGGAAGGCAAAGUAGAAGAGGAAGAAGAGGCGACAGCGCAGAAGGAUCGGCCCGUCGUCUUCAGACCCGGCGACCUCGAUGCCUUCCCACCGUCGGAGGCGCGGGAUCAACUGUUGCGGGCGACGGCGCGGCGCCGGAGCCUGUUCAGCCUGGGCAUGUCGCUGGCGGUGGGCGGGAUCGCGUGGUCGGCGGACAAGCCGUGCCUGCCGCUCCUCGCGGGGCUCGUCGCCGUGGUGGCCAUGUCCAUGUGCAGCGUGUCGCGCCUCUUCCACGCGCCCGCGGGCCGCCGUGGCCUGCCUCCCGCGUCCGCCGCCUCCGACGGCGCCGUGGCGCUGCUGAGCCUCAACUGGUUCCUGCUGGGCGUGCUCACCUACCCCAUGCUCCCGGGGGUGGCGCGGGCCGUCGUCCCGCGCGCCGCUCGCCUCGCCGGCCCCGCUAUCGCGUGGCUCGCUGCCGCAGUGCCCGUUUGACGGCGUGAGGUGGCACCGCAGAGUGGCCUCCGUCUGUGUAUCCGCGGUUCUGGUUCUCGAGCCUGUAAAAAGAGUGAUCCAGCCGCCUUUCUGUUUUCUGAAGCUGUGUGAGUCGUUAUAGUAAAAAGAAAAACUUCAUUCGCCUAAACUUGAGCAUGUGAAAACGUAG